GCUAUGUAAGCAGCGGUCCUGACACGUAAGAGACUCACGCAAUUUUUCAAACGGAAGAAGUUUCUUUCCAAGAAGUUGGAUGAAGAAACGCCUCAUAAUUGAUGCAGUUGACCUGUAGCGUCUCUCCAACGUACACCAACCUGGAGGUUCCUUAACAACUCGCCGGGACGCUCCGGGAGAGCAGCCGACGCGCCGACAUGAGAUUUCCAGCCCUUGUUUCUGCCCUGCGGUCUAUGGGCCCGGUGAUAAUCGGCAUUUCUUUAGGAUUCACCUUGAGUUUACUCAGUGUAAACUGGACAGAAGAAGCGUGUUAUGCGGACCAGCGUGCUCCUGCGGGCCGUGAUGAACAGCCCAAAGGAGCCCGAAAACCCAAUUCCAUUUCAGUCGUCCACGACGCAGAAUUUGAAGCGGAUUUCGAGCCACGAAUAUUGCCCUAUAAACAAGCUGAGCCGAGUACCCCUAAGAAAGUUUUCAGGGCCAAAUAUAUCAGUACAGAAUUGGGGAUUCGCGAGCGUCUGUUUGUUGGAGUCCUGACGUCCAAAAACACAAUUAACACAUUGGGCGUGGCCGUCAAUCGCACCAUCAGCCAUCAUCUAGACUCUGUCGUCUUCUUCACUGGCACGCACAACCGCAAACCCCCACACGGCAUGUUUGUCGUCUCACACGGAGACGAGAGACUGAUCUGGAACAUGUUUCAGACGAUGAAGUACAUUUUCGAGCACUAUAUCAACGAGUAUGACUGGUUUUACUUCGUCCAAGAUGACGUCUACACAGAAGCCGACAGGAUCAAAGAGCUUGUGGAUCACCUGAGUAUGAAUCAAGAAGUUUACAUGGGCUGUCCAGAGGAAUUCGUAGGCGGGGAGAUGGAAGGGAGCUAUUGUUACGGAGGGUUUGGGUACCUGCUGUCUCGAACCUUGCUGCUUCGGCUCCAACCCUUCCUGGAAAAUUGUAGAAACGACAUUCUCAGUGCCAGGCCUGACGAGUGGCUUGGGAGGUGCAUCAUCGACUACACGGCUAAUAACUGUGUCAGCGACGCUCAGGGUCUCCACUACCACCAUUAUCAGUUGGGCAAAAACUUUGAUCCAAACAAAGAGCAGAGUGAGCAGUUUCGAAGAGCUCUGACUGUCCAUCCGGUGUCUGACCCUGAAGAGAUGUACCGGCUGCACAGACACUUCACUGAGAUUGAACUGCAGAAGACUUACGAUGAGAUUGCUAAGCUCCAGGAAGAAAUAAAAAACGUCAGCGCGGAUGCCUUCGAGGGCAACCGAAGUGCUCAGUGGCCGAUAGGAAUCAACCCACCUUUCGAACCAAAGUCUCGCCACGACGUUAUAAAAUGGGACUACUUUACAGAAGAGGAGAUUUAUUCGUGCAUCGACGGAUCCCCUAAAUGCGAUCUGCAUGGCAUCGACCUACUCGACGUGGCCGAUGUCAUUGACAUUGCUGUUGAAGAGCUGAACAAGAAGUACAAACCCAUUUUGCACCUGAAGAAGCAGCGCCUGAUUAACGGCUACAGGCGCUUCGACCCGACCAGGGGCAUGGAGUACACCCUGGAUUUACAGCUCGAGGCGGUUAGCCAAAAAGGUCACAGUCAUUCUAUUGCCAAGCGUGUUCAUCUGGUUCGACCUCUGAGCCAGGUGGAGAUAAUUCCCAUGCCCUAUGUCACAGAGAGUACGAGGGUUCAUGCCAUUAUACCGUUGACCGCGUUGGAUCGGGAUUAUGUUGAGCAUUUCCUCAAAGUCUUUGCCUCCAAUGCCUUUGAAACCAGUGAAAACAUCAUCCUGACCUUUCUGUUCAUUUACGAUCCAGUGGAAGCGCAGCAAGUUAACCAGAAUGAUAUAUUUGCCAACGUUAAGACUCAAAUAAACCUCUACGAGCACAAAUACCCGACGGUGAAAAUCCCUUGGAUAAGCGUCAAGACAGACAGCCCAUCGCAGAUCAAAUUCAUGGACAUCAUUUCCAAGAAGCAUCCGAUUGACACGCUGUUCCUCCUAGCUAGCGUCAACACCAACAUCAAUUUGGAGUUUGUGAACCGCUGCCGCAUGAAUUCCAUCAACAACUGGCAAGUGUUCUUCCCCAUCCAUUUCCAGGAAUACAACCCCGACGUGGCCUAUCACAACCAGCCACGUCCGGCCACGGUCGACCUGCUCAAGGAAUCUGGACAUUUUGACCGCUGGUCAUUCGACGAAGCCUGUUUUUACAACGCGGACUACAUGGCGACACGCACGAAAAUGGUCGCGGAUGUCCAAGAGAACGAGGAUAUACUAGAGACCCUAGACAUUUAUGACAUAUUCGUAAAGUACUCCGGGGUGCAUGUUUUCAGGGCAGUAGAGCCAGCAUUACACCAAAACUACCGCUACCAAAACUGCAACCCGCGGCUCAGUGAGGAUAUCUACCACAGGUGUGUUCAGAGCAACUUGGAAGGUGUUGGUUCUCCCUCCCAACUGGCAAUGCUGCUGUUUGAACAAGAGCAAGGAAAUAGCACUUGAGCGCAAAGGGCCGACCCUCCACGCCUGCACGUGACACAAAAGAGCCGAGUUCCUUCAAAUGGAUGUUUGGACGAAACAAUUUGAAUAGAAUGGCGACGCUGAACUUCACGUACAUUGUUGUCCGUUUUUGGGCCGUGGAACCAGCUCGCUAAAAUGAAUGCAAUACUAUUGUAAACAAAAUAAAUACAAUAAUAAUAAUGUUUACAACACUUUAAGGCACACUGAGCAACGCAGCGGAACGCGGCUGAACCUGACAGCUGCCAACAAAUCGUAUCAGCCACUCCGAGCCACACACCUUGCUGAUGCACACAUACCAACUUGCUCCAAUGCGAAAAACUGCGACCGCAGCCAGCAUUUUGAGAUAUUCAUAUUGGAUUGAAAGACACACAAUUGCCAAGGAAGAAGUGGAUUUCCCUGGCCACCAUCGCUAUAUUAUGACCAAAUAAGGAGAGGAAAUGGCGAGAAGUAAAGCGAAAGUGGAUGUUUCUGAGGCUAUUAGCAAUGAUACCAUUCACAGAAUUUCGGUGACAGAUACUCUCCACCCUUUGCUUUUUAGUCACAAGUACAUCUGUAACUACAAUAUAGCUGACAGUUUUGUUUAAACCAAUGGAUAUACUUUAAUGAUGCGGCUUGGCAAUGGCUGGCCGAAUCUCACGUGGUACCCGUGAACUUGAUUUUUGUUGUGAGAUAUCAAGUGUUACAACACGCCGUUUGCAACUCCCUUCACCUGGAAUAAAAACUUUGCGGCAAAAUGAGUUGCCCACUGUCGGCCACUCAUGGACACUAAUUUCACCAACCCGACGCAUUGCGUGACAGUUCAGUGGCGUUUGGUCGCAUUGCUCAGUGUGAGGUAGGCAUGUAGCUGGAACCAAAGGACGUUCCUACCAUUGUCAUUUGCAAUUAGCAGUAUUUUGACCACUAUGUUACGGAAGCAGGGUGGUGUUGUUGUGUGGAUAGUCUAACCUUUUUUUUGUGAUCUGGUGUUGGCGCGUGCCCUGUCAGCUCCACACACACGUCUUUCUCUACACCUGUAGGUUUCAAUAUUGUUCAGGAUCUUGAUCUUGGAUCUUGGUUUUGUGGUGUUACGCGUGCUAUUCCUCUCAUUUUGCACUAGGGGCCAGUCUGCAAUUGUUUGUGAUGGACAGAGCGCGGUUGCUUUGGAGAGAUUUCGAGAGGUUUAGAGAGUUAAACCAAAUAAAAUAUUGAAAAGUGGUUUGCACUGUGACAGAAGAGCACCUUCAGGAGUUCCGCUCUGGUCUUCUCUCAGUGUUCCCUCAACCCUCAGUGACAAAAAAAAAAAUUGUACAUUGAGUGAAAUGUGGUCCUUUGCAUGAUCAAUGAUAUUGACCAUAAUCCUUUAUUGAUAUGGAUUAUCUGUAACUAUGCAUCUGCAUUUACAAUGUCACGGAUAUGAGUGUAUUCAAACAAAAUUGCUGUAAUUGUGCCUUGAAACUGAUUUUUCCAUCAGAAGGUUUUUUUUUAAAGACACUUUGAUGUUACGCAAUAGUUUUGCAAUUCAGGUUCUGAAGUUAGGCUGUGCUUUUUGUCAGUGUUUUGGUUUGAAAUGCCACACUUAGCCAAUGUUUGACAAAGCGGAGUUGAGAUGUUGCAUCGCAUACUGCUUUUCGAGGCCCGUUUGGCAGCAAGCGCCUUUCCACAAGUUGUGUUAUGUGCCUCAAACCACGCACUGAAGUAUUUCCUGUCAGUCUUUGGCAAAUGGAGGCAUGAGUACGUUGAAUUCAUGACUAUGUUACUAAAGAUGGACUGACAGAAAGCCUGGAAAAACAAUGAAUAUUUGCAGGAAAACAGAACGAUGAUGAUCCUUUCCUUGGAGUUUCUGCACAAAGUCUGGUUUACUUUGAAAGGAGGUGGUGGAAAUUGUCACAUGACGGCAGUUAGUUACUCACAUUUGGGCUUGCCAAGGCUUUCAUGAUUCCAGUUUUAAUCCCACUAUUCAUUGAAAUUACGAAUUAUUGUCCUGUUGUUUUCCUCUUUUUUUUUUUGGUUCCAUUUGCAAGUGCAAAGCUUUAAUAGAUCAGUUUUACUGCAACUCUUAGAAUGGUAGCAAUAGUCGUUAGAUGUGGUUUUAAUUUUUUUUUUUAAUAUAGGAUACUUAAGAAGUGCAAUAUUGCUGCUAACGCCACUGUUGAGCGACCACAUGGAGUACAUUGGCAUUUACUUGACAAUACCAUAUGGUACUUUUUUUUUCUUCUUUAUGGUCAAGUGUUCAUUUUAUGGUACUAGGGGUUCAAAGUAAUCCAUGUUUGGCACGUUUUCAAGAUUGCUCUAAACGCAAUGAUGGGAUGUAUUUGUGGAAGGAUGUCUGAAGAUGCUGCCCCUCCGCAUGCUUUUGGAGAUUCGCCAAGGAGAAUUAAAGAGGGCUUUUUAUGUAGGACCUGCCUCCAAGAAGGCCAAGGGCUAGGAAUAUAAGCACAGACUUUUUUUUUCCCUCUUCUUACUCUGAUUCAUGCAAUGAUUCAAUAAUAAUAGCAGCACAGAGCGGGAAAUUAGCAUCAUGAAAAGCUGAAAUGACCAAUUUUGGUUUCAGGAACAAUAUGGCAUUCAUCUUUUCAACACACUAAAUGUAUGUACUUGAUUCCCAAUUGCAGUUUACACGGUUCGAAUGUUUUCAUGAAAUCAUCAUGAUGAACAUCGCAUUCUACGAUCAAUCCUACACAUUGGUUGAACUGAGAGUGUAUGUUGAAACACCGUGUUUAUUGCAAAACUGUUUUGCUGUAUUUAUGUUUUAACGAUUACAAAUCACAGACUAAGCGGUGACUGUCUUGCGGGCGCUUUACUGCCUGAUUUUUAAUUUUUUUUGUUCUUACCAAGACAAUGCUCUGCUGAAUGUUUUCCUAUGAAGAGCAUGAUGACAUAAUGAACCAAUAAUCGUUAACGUUCCAAAAACCACUGUGAAUUUUGACAACAACAAAAUGAGUUGUGAUCUGUAUGUGUUCGCCAAAGCUGACAAAGUAGAACAACGUUGAAACGAUGCUGUAGACUGUUUUGUAAUAACGCACUAAUUUUCGAGGUACUUUCUAAAGACUUUUUUUGUCUUUUUUAAUUCCACACAUCACUUCAUGUUAUCUGUGAUGAACACAACCUUGCUGUUGUUUGUUAUGUAUUUGCUUAUUUUUGUGUUUGGCCUUAAUGACUCAAUGACCAUUUCAGUAAUGUUUUGUUUUUGGUCACGUCAUGUGUCAGACUUUAUGUACAGUAAGUACCUUUUUUUUUUUUUUUUUUGCAUCUAUGAUUUUUGGAACCAAGUGUGUUUGAUUUAUAAUGGUACCAAUCUAACCAAAGCAAGUGAAGCAGGACGUUAGUUGAUGCUCAACAUUUUUUUUUUCCAAUGUGUGCUGUAAUUACCAAUCAAAUGUGAAAUGCAAGUUUUUUCUAAAUUAAAUAAAAUGUUUUAUUAUGAGGUCAAAGUUCAUAUUUCUGGUCAUUUUAAAAGAUGAAAACGCCUUUGUUUUAAAUGGUAAAAUCGAGUUUGUCCUUUAGGUGUCAGUAGAAGAAUGCAUUAUCAUUUGCAAGCGGUGCCAAUUGUAAGCAAUUUGCAUAUUGGAACAUUUGAAGCACAUUUCCUUUUAUUCAGUUUCUAGACAUGGUCUUGACCAUUAGCGUUUCUGCCCAUGUCAGACCUGACGCACAUUUUGUCUGGUUUGGGUAAAAGCAAGGGGAAAUACUGCAAACGUAAUUACAGUUUUAGUUAUGUCAAGGGUCCAUAUGUACUCCCCGAGGCAUGUCGUAAAACCACAUAAUUACAGAGCAGCUGGGACGUAAUUGUAAGCUAUCAUUUUGUACUUGGUUUUAUGCACUUUCUCCUCCCAUGCAGGAGGCAUAUUUCCUUCAAAUCAUUGAGGAACCGAUUUAGUUUUACCCUGACAGUUUUUGGGUUCGUGUUCAGGUUAUAUUUAUUAAAAGUCACGUGGUUUGACAUUCAGUCAAAAAAUCAUCAGGAAAUAAGCAAAUGAUUUCGACAUGAAACGCCACCUUCAUGUAGUCUAACCUUUCAAAUGCAUUUCGGCUGGCGGCCAUUCAUUACGUCCUUAAUACUAUCUCGUUACGCUUUCCAAGUGAAACUCAAUAAACUGAAAGUCACGCAUACACAACGACGCCCACCGGGAGAACGUCUGCCUCAUAUUUCCGAUGCGCCGGGUUCCAGUCUUGGCUCGGUUUGUAUGUUCGGUUUUUUUCUAUGGGACACUUGCCAAAAACAUACAUGUUAGACUCGAAAUCAAGAUUACUGAUGUACAAAUCUUAAAGGGCCACAAAGGGGUUUUCUUAGAGAGUCCAUGGUCCAUUUAUAUAGGGUGGUCUUUCUAUCUGUGAUAAUACCGUAAUAUUCCAAACAACAACAAUCCAAAUGGAAAUAAAAUGUCAUUUCCAUUUUGACAUUAAAUACAUUUAAAUUAUGUCUAAGCAUAGAAUCAAAUGACUUCUUGGAAAUGUCACAUAUUCCGUUUUUCGUCUGAUUUGAACUAAAGUGAUUUUUUUUUUUGUGGAGCUAAUGUGUCAUCAUCACGCGCUAAAUGCUAUCCUGUGAUGAACAAUUGCCCAGAAAGUAGACUCCUUAAGGAUAUUGGGGAAUCCCAAGAAUGCAGGCCGCAUGCUGUCCUAUUGGCUACGGUGCAAGCCUGACAUUGUGCCUGGCAGCACCCCACUCGGCGGAUUACAUGCACACGUGACAGCAGCUCAUGUGUAUGUGUAUUUGGAAACACUUUUUUCAAUCAAAACUGUGUAAGCCAUGCAGGUUAUAUACCAAAUGGGCCUCUGACGUGGGUGGCGUGAAGAAGACAACAAAUCAAAUGCUCCUUGAUUACCAUUCAAGUGCCCCCCCCAAAAAGUCCUGUCUUCCUGUUGACUCGGCAGGCCCCUGUGCGACUUGUCUGAGAGCGGUCACUAUUAUUGAUGACAGAGGAAAGGAUUGUUAUGCAGGGCCUCGUGUGGGAUGCCAUCAGAGAGUGCGAUUGGAAACCUUUUGAAAAUGUCAAAGUGACACAUGAUUAUGAAUAUUAAACAGUCAUAUACAGCCCAUGAUCACUUGACAGGAAUAGGGGAGUUGACAGAUGGCGGGGUGUGGUACCUCGUAGUGAAUAUCCAAGUUACAAGGGCCUAAUGCGGAGCAAAUUAUUGGAAAAAAACAUGUCAUUAUAGUUGCUCAAUCCACACCCCAGGCAGAAAUGCCAUGUUUGUUAACGCUUGUCAUGAAGUUAGUUUGGAAACAUGUCACCCAACUUGCCCUCCUUCAUAGGAUAGAGUAGGAUGUAGCCCGUUCACUGGAACAGGCUUCAAAUGCUGUCCUGUGCACUCCAAUUGUGUUUUGUAUUCUUCAGCAUGGCCCCAAUACUUUGCUUGUGUAUGAUUGAUAUUUAUUUAUACACCCUUUUAUAUUUUAGCCCAAAUAUACAAACCUUAUAAAUGGGCCGCAAUAUGUUCUCUUGACUUUAAGUUGUAUUACCUCACAUAGUCCCGUAGAUAUGGAACACUUGUGAGUUUCAUUGAAUGUGAGAAAGCGAUUAACAUUAGCCCAAAAAAAAGAUUGCAGUGCUUUUUAUAUAAAGUCCAGUGAAGUACAACAAUAAGGGCAAAGGAGUAAGAAACUACUUUAAAAAAAUCUCUAUUAACCCCGAUUAACAUCCCGGUGAUGCGCAGAUCUCCGAAGCAAACUGAGUACUCAUUAGUUUGAAUCGCUAAAUUCCAUUUUGAGACUCAAUCUACAUCAGUGUUACCAUUGUGACCUCUCAAAAAGAGAAAAAGAAACAUUUGUACCAGUCUACUGUACAUUAAAUGAGUUUUAUGACUCUAGGCAAGUUACCGUAUUUUCCACACUAAAAGGCGCACAGGGGUAUGAGUCACACCUUCAAUGAAUGGCCUAUUUUUUAAUAUUUUUCAUACAUUAUAAGACAAUCUACAAUGCAUCCACUAGAUGGAGCUACGCUCAAGGAAACACCAACAGAACGAUCAGAUGUAAGUAAAACGUAUUUAAUAAAGCAGUGACACAGUUCACUUAACCAACAGCAAGUUAUAACAUUGACUCGUUAACGUGAACUCUGUUGCCGCUGCUCGAUUUCCGUGUUCAACUGCGUAACCGAUCGCCUUAAAUUUGAACUCUGCGUUGUCAGCAUGUCUCGAACAAGGAGCCAUUUUGGGGGUCGAAAUAUUACCGUAAUGACCAUACACAAGGUGCAUUGGAUUUUAAGGCGCGCUGUGAGCUUUUAAGAAAAUGGAAGGCUUUUAGGUGCACCUUAUAGUGCAGAAAAUACGGUAUCCAUAUCGUGACAUUUGGGCCAGACUUGAGCAUUUUUCCUCGGUAAAAGUCGGGCCUGAUGCUUGGAAGUCUCAGGAAAAUCAGCAAUUGUCCUUGUGCGAUGUGUUAGGUUUUUUUUUUUUCUGCUCGACUUCAUCUGCUUGGAAAAUGUUGAGAGCCAACAGUCCAAAAUGUUCAACCUGACCACUAUUACUGAUCAGAAGUCCGAGUUUGGCUGUGCCGUGGACGUUUGUGAUUUUUUUUUUUUUUUGUAGGAAAGUGUGCAAAAUUGUUGCACACUUUCCUGUUGCAGUGUGGCCAAAUUGUUCAUAUACAGUAAAAUAUCAGGUGACUUUACUCUGACAUGGAAAAAUGAGAUCUGAAUAAGUUAUUUAUUGAGAGUGUGCUGUACUCAAAUGACCUCCAAUAAAUGAUAUUACAGAAUUGAUCUCUUAAGUGUGCAGUACUCAAAUGAAUUGAAGUAGCAACAUUUAUAACAAGCUUCCAGUACUAAAAUAAUAAUAAUAAUAAAUCUGAUAUUGAGCAGUGCAGAGGUCUCUCUCUGAAGUCAGCUAACAAUGAUUGUCUCUGGUGCUCCACACCUAAAUUGAUCAGAUUGAAAAAAACUCAAAUAAAAAUCUUACUCGUUGGUGCUGCUGCAAGAAAAGUUGCCGAUCUUCAAUCAUCUUUUUCUCAUGAAUCAUUUAAACGUAAAGUUGGAAAGUACGCUCUGUGUAUCUGUUCAUUCCUUGAAAUCCGCCUGACUUUUUGGAGACAGGUCCGAUUAGAAUGUACAGUGGAACCUCUAAAGAUUGGACACACUUCAGAUAGAUAAAAAUCUCAAGUCCGUUAUGUAACAUUUUACGAUUUCAAUACCACACAAAUAAUAAAAUGGUGAUAAAUUACCCUUGAUGACAUAUGAUGGAUGCCAAGAGAGCGAAAUGUUAUGUUAAACUGUCUUGCAAAAAUAAAAAGGACAUUUCUGCUUGUGCUUGUGAAAGUGGAACUGAGCGACUUUCACAUGUACAUUUUUUAAGGCUUAUUGCUGACGUAUUGUGAGCCAUCAAUUAUCCGUUCUGUUCUUAUCUUAGAUGCCGUUCACCUUCCACUUCUAUUGUCACAGCUGAUUUGUUUGACUUUGGUAGUUUGCAUUCCAAAUUGUAUGACCGUUGUGGGGGGGGGGGGGGGGGGGGGAUCUUCAAAUUCCGAGGUUCCACUGCACAUGUUCGUAUACAAAACAGGUCGCGUAUAGGGAAAUAAUGUCCACAAUACAUAGUCAUUGUUCUUACCUGUACAAAUGUAUUGAUAUUCUUCUUCAUCGGUGGAUUUUUUUGUAUACAGUAAUUGCUACAAUCGCGAUCGCAUAUAAAAUUUCUCUAAAAUGUAUAAAUAACAAAAUGAUUACAUACGUUAUCUAUCUAUAUAUAUAUGUAUAUAUAUAUCUAUGAAUGCAUUAUAAACAAGAGCCAUUUAAACAGAAUCUUGCCCACGUUCUCCUCAUUGGUUUUUACAAUGUUAGUGGUACAAUGUACAAUGCUACUCUCUAACACCUUUACCACAAAUCAGACUGUUUAUCAUGUGGAAAGAUGCCACUUCAAUCUUCC